AAAGCAAAGCGCCCUCCCCUCGGCGUCCCAGACAGCAGAGGGAGUCGCCGGCGCUACAGGGCCCUCCGCGGGGAUGUGGAGCGCGGGCGCUGCCGCUCAUCUCGGACCGCUGCUUCCUUGAAGGCGCACAGGAUUCAAUUACUGGAAUUGUCAACGCUGCCAAUUUAUGUGCACAUCUCUCUUCCACUAUGAACAGACCAGUAGUAUUGCACAUUUGUCUGGCCUUUGGUAGCUUCCUACUUCUCAACUUUGCCACACAAUGUCUGGCCUUCCCCAGGAUUGAAAGUAGGGAAAUAGUGCAAGGAAAGGCAGAAGGACAGUCAGAAAGGAUAAAUACUGAUGAUCUAGAAAAUAACUCUGUUACUUCAAGGUACUCUGCCCAGCUGGAAGUCUCUGAUGAUCCAAUGAUAGUACUAGAGAGACCAUCAGCAGCAUCCCCAUUUGACAAAGAAUCCCAUCUAGUUGGGACUGAACUCACGCAGCCUAAAAACCUUGAUGUUUACACUGCUACUGAGCCAGUAGUCCCAGCAGGGGAAGGAGUAUUUGGCUCCAGCCAACCAGAGAGAGUGUCAGCUGAGAAUUGGCUUUCCAAGACUGUGCUAACCAGUCAUCUUAUUACUACAACCUCUUCCUUGAAUAUUGAUGAGAAUGAGGAACCCUUCAGUAGUACCAAUGUUCAGCCUGUUGCAGAAGGGACCACAGAGAUAACACAAGAUUUCCUCAAGCAUGAGGACAGCCAAUUGUUUGCAAGUGAAAGCCACAAUGGAGUUAGUCUGGGACAUUCACCAUCACCCUAUGUGAAUACCAAAGAAAUGGUAACCACUAAUCCUAGGACUGAGAAAUCUGAAUCUGACACCGAACACAGGACAAUUUCUUUUCCUGGUGCUGAGCCCACAGCAGACACUGAGCCUGCAAGCCUCACGUUGGAUCCUGAGGAGCCUUCCCAGAUGACAGCUGAUAACACCAAGUUUUCUGCUGCCAAGUUUACCCCUGAGUACACCCUGAGCAUUGAGUCAGAAACUGACAGCCUGCCAGGAGCCCCAGAAGUCACAGUGAGUGUCAGCACAGCUGUUCCAGCUGCCUCCGUUGUAAGUGAUGAGUGGGAUGACACCAAAGCAAAGCAUGCAAGUCAGAUAAAGACCCCAAAGCUUAGAGAUGAUACAGAGACUCAGGUGGGAAUGGAAAUACCACAGACAACACAAGUAACUGAUAAUGGUAUGGAAGGGGGCAAACCUUUGACAGAGGUUGCAGAUAUGGCUCUGGGGCUGCCGGAAGGGGAAACACACACAGGAACAGCCCUCUUAACAGUGCAUGAGGAGGAUGGAUCACCUGCCUUUACCGAUCAGAGUUCCUUUACUCCCACAAGCCUGCUGGAAGAUACGAAAGUUUCUGUUGUAAGCCUGUUGCAGAAUACUGCAGACAUCAUGGAAUCCACUACAGAAAGCAAUACCGGGUUUUUCUUAGAGACCACACUUUCUACCUCAGGAUAUGAGUCUGAGGCAUGUCAGCCACUGGAAAACUCAUUUAAAGAUAUCAUCACUCAUGAGAUGACAACAGCUGUUCAAGAAGCAGAAGCCACUUUGUCAUCUGUGACAGAAGAGCAGCAGGUUUCUACCCUCGAGGUUGCAGGAGAAAAUGGCGAGAUGGAGGAAGAAAUAGAGUCUUUGUCUGCCACAGCUGAUAUUACUGGAGUUACCCAGCUGUCGAGACAAUGGGAGCCUCUGGCUACUACAGCUUCAAGUACAGCUAUACCUCCAUCUUUCCAAGUUACUCCUGUUGAAGAUUUAAUGGACACAAUCACAAGACCAAAUGAGGAUUUCUUCACCCCUGUUUUGGGUUCUCCAGUGACACCCCCUGGAAUAAUGGAGGAGGAACACAGCAUUUUCCCAGCAUUAUCUGAUUCUGAGUCAUCCUCUGAGAGAAGAACCAUUGCUCCAACUGUGAGCUAUGUUAAUACUGCUGCCUCAUAUGGUCUGAACCAAUUCGACGAAGAUGGAGAAGAAGAUGAGGAUGAAGAGGAUGAGGAGGAAGAAGAUGAAGAUGAGGAAGACGAGGAAGAUGAUGAAGAAGAAAAAGACACCGACUCCCUGGAUGAUAGUCUGGAUGGUGACACUGAGCUGCCGGGGUUUACUAUCCCUGGCAUCACAUCUCAGGAACCCGAUUUGCAGCAGGGAAACAUGGAUCCUUUGGAGGUUGCCACCUACCAGGUGCCAGAUGCCAUCGAGUGGGAGCGGCAGAAUCAAGGCCUGGUGAGAAAUUGGAUGGAAAAACUAAAAGAUAAGGCUGGUUACUUAUCUGGGAUGCUGGUGCCUGUUGGAGUUGGGAUAGCUGGAGCCUUGUUCAUCUUGGGAGCACUGUACAGCAUUAAAAUUAUGAAUCGCCGGAGAAGGAAUGGCUUCAAAAGGCAUAAAAGAAAGCAGAGAGAAUUCAACAGCAUGCAAGAUCGAGUGAUGCUCUUAGCUGACAGCUCUGAAGAUGAAUUUUGAAUUAGACUGGAGUUUAAUCGGGAUAUUUGACAAUGUUAAUAUUUUAGUUGUUAUGGGGAAGCAGUACAGAACAACAUUCUGCCGCUAUUGCUGCUGUCAGAUCAUUAUUCCCUUAUGCUGGGUAGUAGAGUUUUCUCUUGUACUGAGCAGAAAGGCAUGUUGUAUACUAAAUGUAGGAUGAAGUGUUUGUUUUUACCCUGUAGUGAAUUUUCCACAACCACAGGCAACAACUCAUAAGUAUGCAGCAUAUGUGUUGUUCAGUAGGAAUUGCUAGGUUAGGUAGGAUAAAUAUUUUGUAUUUUUCCACAGAGUAUUUUCUUUGGUUUGGAAUACCUGCACUAAGUAUACUAGUUAUGGCUGCCAAGACAUGCUUGACUCUACAACACAAUUCUUUAACAAAGAGUAAUUUGCAGUUAUUGUUCUUUACUGACUUGAUUAGGCUCAUUGGUCAAGGUGCAUACUCCAUUUGCAUCACAACUAGCAGCAACUCAGGAUGAAAUACUUUUCAUCCAGAUCUUUCAGCAUAUUAGAGUUAUAUCUAGAUCUGUAUGUAUCUUGUAUUAUGUAUAUUAACCUCCCAGUUUUAUUAUUUCCUUUUCUGUUCUCUUUAUUGGCAAGGAAAAACAAUGCACCAGAAAUAACAUUAAAUUGGUUCUUAGUCUCGAUAGAAUCUUGCCUUCUUAUAUAGGGUAAUGGAGUCCAGUAGGUCUAUCAAUAGAAAUACAUGUUUAGCAUUAAGAGAUCAUUUACUGUAUCAUCCAACUUCGUCAAGAAGAAUUGAGAAAGAACUCAAGAAGAAAAUGAGGGUAGGCAAUGGCGGGGGACAUUUGGCUCUGCCACUUGGCUCUGAUUGCAUAGCCACUGCUCUGAAUUAGUUGGAGCACUGCUUUUCUGUGCCCAUGGUCUUGGCUGUGGGAUGACUGGGUCACCACUGGACUUUAUUUGACUUUAUUAGGAAAACAUUCAUUCUGCAGUAGAAGCAGGCUCAGUGAUCAAAGGCCUGGCACUGAUGGGUUAUACAAAACCCUCUUCUCUCAGGGCGUCUUGUUUCAGGGAUGUUGGAUUAUGUUAGGUUAUAUCUUACUCCUCUUGGCUGUAACUCCUUGCCAUAUCUUUUGAAUUUGGGUACUUGGGACUUUCAACAAAUUCAGUUGUGGGGUCAAAACUUAUUUCCAUGAAAGAAUAAAGAUUACUAAUAGUUGUA